AUGAUGUUGUUGACCGUUUUGAUACCACUUCUCGCCACCAUCCAUCGCAGUGAGGCGGCCACCCCCCACCGAGUUGAGUUCGACAGCAACGGUAUCAAUGUAGUUGGAAAUUUGUUUCUACCCAACAGUGUUGACUUGCCCACCACCAAUGCAUCCCUGCCUGCUGUUGUUGUCGGCCAUCCCUGGACUGGGGUGAAAGAGCAAACUGCUGGUCUUUAUGCCGAAGGCUUGGCAGAACAUGGCUUUGUGACUUUAGCUUUCGACGCAGCAUACCAGGGAGAGAGCGAUGGACUGCCUCGCUAUCUCGAGGACCCGCACCAGAGGACCGAAGAUGUGAAGAAUGCUGUCUCCUAUCUUACCACUCUCUCCGGACUCGUGGACCCCGAACGAAUUGCUGGUCUGGGUAUAUGUGCUUCAGGAGGCUACGUAUCCUACGCUGCUCAGGCCGACAAGCGUAUCAAGGCGUUGGCGACUGUGAGUGCCUUUGAUGUGGGUCAAUACCAUCGUGAGCCUUUUGGUGGUGGUGAAGUGAACUUGACCGCCCUCAAUGAUCUGUUCACUGUGGCAAGUGAGCAGCGAACGCGGGAAACAGCCACCGGUGGUGUUGAGCUGGUGUUCAGUGCCCCCAUGAGUCCUGCAGAAGUCACUCCAGAUCUACCUUUGAUGUUCCGAGAGGCGUAUGACUAUUAUCGCACCUCCCGUGGCAUGCAUCCUCGUGCCCCCAAUGUAUACGUUGCUCGAAGCCAGGAAUUGAUGGCUGUCUACGAUUCAUUUGACAACAUGCGGCUUCUUUCCCCGCGGCCUGUCCUGAUUAUGUACGGAUCUCGUGCAGAUACCGGGUAUUUCUCGCGGCGAGCGUACGCAAAUGCUCUGGAGCCCAAGGAAGAAUUUGUGGUACCCAAUGCCACUCAUUUCGAUCUGUAUGACAAUACAACUGUGACGUUACCCAGGCUCGUCGAUUUUUUCAACGCGUCUGUUUAG